GUCAAAAGACUUGGUAGAAACAAACAUUGUUCUCAAUCUUGCCUAGCUCAGCUCAGCUCCUCCCAGCCCAUCUCAAAUGUCUACCCAAUGGAACCUCCCAUCUGGUCUGAUGCCUGACGAUGCUAGCCCAGACUGGUUGAGCAAAGCCGACAAUGCAUGGCAGCUCACGGCAGCAACUCUAGUGGGCCUCCAGAGUGUACCGGGCUUGGUAAUACUUUAUGGAAGUAUAGUGAAAAAGAAAUGGGCUGUCAACUCAGCAUUCAUGGCCCUGUAUGCCUUCGCGGCGGUGCUGGUGUGUUGGGUUGGCUGGGGAUACCGGAUGGCAUUUGGGCACGAUAUGUUACCUUUUCUUGGGAGGCCGGAUGUUGCAAUGGACCAAAAAUAUCUAUUAGGCAUCGCCUUUCUGGGGAAAUUUCCAAAUGCAACAAUGAUAUAUUUUCAGUUUGUAUUUGCUGCUAUAACACUGAUUUUGGUGGCGGGGGCAUUGCUUGGGAGGAUGAAUUUUCAUGCAUGGAUGCUGUUUGUACCCCUUUGGCUCACCUUUUCUUACACAAUUACUGCUUAUAGUAUUUGGUGCCCAACUGGUUGGUUGGCUAAGAUGGGAAUUAUAGAUUACUCUGGAGGAUAUGUUAUUCAUCUUUCAUCGGGUGUUGCUGGUUUCACUGCAGCUUAUUGGGUAGGGCCAAGGGCAAACAAGGACAGAGAAAGGUUUCCGCCAAACAACAUCCUUCUAAUGUUGGCAGGUGCAGGACUACUUUGGAUGGGUUGGACUGGUUUCAACGGUGGAGAUCCUUAUAGUGUGAGUGUAGAUGCAUCUCUAGCUGUCCUUAACACCCAUGUGUGCACUGCUACUAGCUUGCUCACUUGGCUCCUUCUUGAUAUUAUUUUCUUUGGGAAACCCUCCAUCAUUGGAGCCACACAAGGCAUGAUUACUGGCCUUGUUUGUAUCACCCCUGCUGCAGGAGUUGUGCAAGGUUGGGCAGCCAUACUAAUGGGACUGAUGUCUGGUAGCAUACCAUGGUACUCUAUGAUGGUACUGCACAAGAAGAUAUGGCUUUUAAAGCAAGUAGAUGAUACGAUGGCAGUAUUCCACACCCAUGCAGUUGCUGGAAGCUUAGGAGGAAUCCUCACAGGAUUUUUUGCAGAGCCAAAGCUAAAUCGCAUUUUCUACUUGGUAGAUGGUUGGGAGCAUUACAUAGGACUUGCCUAUGGCCUGCAGACAGGUAGAACAACAGCAGGAUUCAAGCAGAUGGGAAUUCAAUUGCUAGGAAUAUUGUUUGUGAUUCUAACAAACAUAUUCACAACUAGCGUAAUAUGUUUCUUGAUAAAGUUGGUAAUUCCUUUAAGACUUGCUGAUGACGAAUUGCAAAUUGGAGAUGAUGCUAUACAUGGCGAAGAAGCCUAUGCAUUGUGGGGAGAUGGGGAGAAGUACGAGUCAAAGCAUAAUUCUGUUUUUGAAGAUUACCCUCAAGCUGUUCCUAAAGGUGGUGGUGGUGGUCAGGUUGAAAUGGCUUGAUAUGAUUUGGUUAUCAACUUUACAUAAAUUUGCAAGAUGAUCAUGGUAGGGUCUCAAGGCUGGAUACAUAUGGCUUCAACUUUGAAAGUGCAUUUCAAAAAGACUUUGAAAAGUGUUACCUUUUGAUUUGCUAUAUUUCUAUAUUUUUCCCAUUUUUCUUUUUCUUGUUUUCCUUUCUUUGAUCACUUAAAAUUGGAAUUAUAAUUUGGUAACUCCAUUGAUGAAUAUAAUUUCAUGUACUGUCAUUAUCAACUGUAAUAAGACUAAACCAUCUUCGCUAGGGUUUACUAGCGAUUGUAGUGCUUGAGCGUUUUUAUGUCAUUUCUAUC